UGCGGUUGGGAAAGAUGCCUCGGGUAGGUCGUUUCACGAAGAAAGCCCGUGUAGACACAGCAUGUCAGCAGCCUCAAGUGGGAGGUCAUGCGGCUUUAACUUCGCAGAGAGCGGACUGCCCAAUUCCGCCGCCCAGUGGCAGUAGUGCCCCCACAUCCUCGUCUUUACGCCCCUUUCGUCCGCCCCGAACCGAACCACUGCCUGCUCCAUAGGCUUCCAUGAAUGAUGUUGAAAACUCGGGGCCAGACGCCGAGGCAGAUGAGGUAGAUUCUUUUGACCAACAUGUUGAUAACCUUUUAGCUGCACAGGAUGCUCAGAAGCGCAAGACCACAGAAUUUUGGGAUGUUAAAACAAUUGAAUCCGAUGGCACAAUCAAACAAGUCAAACUGAGUGUGAAGGAAGCUAUGAAGCCACCUAACGGAAGAAAGGUUGUACUCAGGUUUAACAGUGCACUGCAACCAGUUAGGGAUGAAGCAGGUUUACUGAGCGGCGUUAUGGGACUGCUAGGAUCUGACUACACCAAAUUCCCAAUCUGCGAGAGGGACUGGAGAAAGGUUCGCACCAGGGACAAGGUCUAUAAUGAAAUAGUAAAGGAAAUGUUCCAUUUUGAAGAAGAUAGUAGAGGAAUUAUAAAGUCUGUAAUAUUCAAGAUGCUGGGAAGGGCUUGGAAGGAAACGAGAAGCAGAUUAUACCAUCGCUACUAUGACACAGAACUUUCACUUGCAGCAAAUAUUGAAAACUGCCCAGAUGGAAUUACUGCGGAACAUUGGAGAAAGUUUCUCGAUUAUCGCAAUAGCGAAGAGACAUAG